AUGAAAAACACUUCCCGGCCCACCGAUAGAGGCCUGCUACGACAUCGAAACGAACCGGGACGGUUCUUCGGCGAUGGCGUGAGCUUCAAGGCCAAGCUGAUCGGUAUCCUGGAGGUCGGCGAGGCCCGUGGAGACCGGAUGUGCCAGGAAGCGCUGCAGGACCUCAAGAUGGCCAUACGAGCCGCCGGUGAGCACAAGCAGCGCAUCACGAUACACGUCACGAUUGAUGGGUUACGGUUGCGAGACGAAAAAACCGGGGACUCGCUGUACCAUCAUCCCGUGCACAAGAUAUCGUUCAUCGCCCAGGACAUGACGGAUUCGCGUGCAUUUGGCUAUAUUUUUGGUUCCCCCGACAGUGGGCACCGCUUUUUCGGCAUCAAAACCGACAAAGCGGCCAGCCAGGUGGUGCUGGCGAUGCGCGAUCUCUUUCAGGUGGUGUUCGAGCUGAAGAAGAAGGAGAUCGAGCUCGCCCGCCAGCACAUCCAGAGCAAGAUCACGGCCCACGAACACCAGGCAGUGUCGGCUUCGCUCAUGGCCAAAACUAGUGCCACGCUGGACAGUGCUGGCGGUGCCGGUUGCGGUGGAGGCGGAAGUUAUGGGAAAAACCAUCCCAGCGAUCCGCUUGGAGCGUUGGGAGGGGCAUCCUCGAUGCUGGCCGGUUCGAGCUCGAAAAGCGGUGCAACGGGAAGUGGAGCGACGGGCACGCUGGGCAAGAGUGAAAAAUCGCCCGAAUCUGUAGCGGAUCUGGUCGAUUUGGAGCAGGAGCUGAGCUGCAUCCAGCGUGGCAUCACGCAAAUGGAACGCAUAACACCGAGCGAAGGGCCCGGCAAAAGUGUCCUCGACGACGAUCCGUUCGGUGAUUCGUUCGCCAACAUUCCACCGGCGUACAAUCUGUUGCCACCGCCCGAGUCGAGCAAGAGGCACCAGAAGCAAACGAAUCGCUCGACCGAAAAUCUUCCCAAAGCCACGGAAACUAGCCCCGUGGUGGUAUCCUCAACACCUCCGCCCGUAGCGGCCCCACCGGUUCCGACCGCUCCGAACAUCGGCAGCACCACCGCAGGCGGAACCACUUCCAGUGCAUUAGCUUCCCAUCAGACGGGUGGCGGGGUCAGCGCUGGUAGCCAACCGGCACCGACCCCACUCAACACGAGCCAAUCUUCGGCGCAGAACGAGGACUGGCUGAAUUCACCGCCCAACACGUCCCGCUUCGAUCCCGAUCCCGUACGCUAUUCCGACGAACCGAAAAUGGCGGAGGAAGCGGGAAAGGCUCAGCCAACGGCCAGCGCAGCACAACCCUCGUCCUACACGGAUGUGUUCACGGACCUGGAUCCGCUCGGAACGGGCAAGAUAAAGCCGUACAUCGACAAGAAAUACUUCUUUCAAGAGCUCAAAAAUCCACCCAAAAAGGUGCUCAAAGAUCUGUCCGGGAAGGACAGCACGUUCAAUGCGAACUUUGCCUCCGAGGAGCAACAGUCCCAAGGGUCGCAGCUGCUGGCCGCCUCGACGCUGAACGCCAGCAACAUCUCUACCCUCGCCAGUGGCAGCGGGGAUUUGUUUAAGGCAAACUUCGACGAAGCGCAGGCAAAGCUGUCGUCCGAAUCGCACGGAUCAAUGGAUCACGGUCCGAGCUCGGCGGGGCCGAUGAUGGAAACGUCGUUGGUCACGACGAGCGCCGCUGGUUCGAAAAAUGUCGAUCUCUUCCAGGAGGAUGAUGAUUUUUCAAAGCUACAGCUCGACCCCUUCGAGGUGCACUUUUCUCGCAAUGCGUCACCGCGCCCCGGCCCGGGAAGCAACAGCUGUUCCACCGCACGGCCAGGUCCACCGGCGUCGGAUGCAGACGAUACGAACAGUGGUGGUGCCACCCGGUCAGUGGAAGAACUGGGUGAGCCCGGCAAAGCGGGUCCGGUCUACAAUGGUCCGUUGCAGGUGAACCUUCCGCCGGAAUCGUGGGCCAGUUACAUCAGCCAGAAGCGCCUCGAACGGCAAACGUCCGAGGCGAACGCUGCCCAGGCUGCCGUCUGCGGUGGACCGAUGGCUCGCAACCGUCCCGCGGCCAGCAGUGUGUUCAAGCAGAACACGGUCGAUGUGAUCUCCAGCCUCAGCUCGAGCUCGAAGAAGAUGAAACCGAAUCUGUUCGGGCAAAAGUUCUCGAAACGUGACUCCAACAGCAUCAACAUGCGGCGCCUGCAGGAAAGCGAUUCGCUGAGCGAAACGGAAACUGCCCCGGAACCGCCACCGCGACCCGAUUCCGCGUCCCACAUUGAACCGCCGCCGUUGCCGCCGAAGAAGCAGUUUGCCGACAUUGUCAUCCGGCCCUCGCCCCGCGCAUCAUUCGGGAGCGAUCGAGGAUCCGGUGGCGGCACCGGUCAGCGCUACGACUAUGUGGGCUCGAAGUACGAAUCCACCAGCCGAUCGUCACCGCAAUCCGCCGGCGGACCGGGGUCCGAUGCGCCACCGCUGCCGCUUCCGUCGCGAAAAGUCGGUCGCAGCGCAGGAGAAACCAUCGGGCCGGGCCGGCCGCAGAAGAAGUCGAACGAUGAAGAAGACUACCUGACACCGGUAGCCGGCAAACCGGAUAUUCCGACGUUACUGCCGCCACCGCAACGCAAAGAUGGUGCGAAAACGUCACGCUCCACCACGCGCAAACAGUCCGAGACCGACCCGCGCAACCUCGACGAACCGACGCCACCACCGACGUCAAAAUCACCGCUCGGCGGAAGCUUCACCAGGGAUCUGCCGGCGCCCUCGUCCUUUCUGCCCGACAUUACGCUAAGUCAAUUACUUACACUCGGCAUCGACGAACUGGCGGGCAAACUGAACGUUCCCGUUUCGAAGCUAAGCACCAUGACACUGGUCGAGCUGACCACGUACCUGUCGGAGUUUAUCGAAAACAGCAAACAGCCGGCGCCCGUCAAACCGAGCCAAGACACGGCUUCCGGCCGCGACGGAAGCGUCAGCGAGUCACCCGUCUUCAAGGUGAACUUUGACGAUGCGAACGAGUUCGUGGCCAAGUUUGACGAUAACUUCGGCGAGGACGAUCGGGGUCGCGAUCGGGGCGCCGUCGGCCCACCGUCGUUCGUAGCCAACUUUGAUGAUCUCAAUCUCCAGCAGCAUCCGGCGGCAGGUGGCAGGGUUUCUGGAGGGUUUGGCACAACACCGGCCGCGUGUUCGUCCUCGGUCGUCGAUAAGUAUGCCGUGUUUCGUGAGAUUAUCGAACAGGACAUCGGGGCAGGGGAUGAAGCCACCGCAGACGAGUCGGUCGAUCGGGAGCAGGAGCCACACGCAAGGUUGGAUCUGCAGCAUGAGGUUGCGUCCGAAAUGAGUCGCCUUUCGCCGGCCUUCGGUGCCGGCGAGGGAUCAUCUCCGUCUCCUUCCGGUGGUCAGCUGACCAGUCCCCUAGCCCAGCUGCCGAUGACAAAGAUCGACACCAAGAUCACGGAGGCGAUCUCGCACGCCAAGGAUCGUUACGCAGCUCUGCGCGACAUCAUUCUGGUGGAGGAUCUGUUCGAGAAACCGGCCCCAAUAGCGCGCAUGGAAUCGUCCUCGUUCGAGGAUCGUGAGCUCGAGCUGGACGAUGGUAAAUUUGAGGCUAACUUUGACGAUAUGAUCGGCGGGAGCGUUGGUACCGGUGGCUCGCCGGAAAUUAACAUCUCCGACGCGGAACCGACCGAUGCGGGCACCCCGGACCAGGCAACGACGGUGAGCGGGGUCAGUUUGCUGCGCACCACAAACGCUACACCGCGCGAGGAUCUCGAGAUCGAUGAGCUUAUGCAGCAGGCAGUUUCGAACCUAUCGUUGCACGGCACCGAUCAGCAGCUGUCACCCGCUCCGACGGCGGGUGGGCGCACCCAACCGCAGGGCCUAACGGUGAAGGGUAGCCCGUUGCUGGUGUCCCACAGCUCCACCUCACCGUAUCGGCCACCGACUUCGACGUCAACGACGCUGCUGAACGAUAUGAUCGCCCCGAAAAGCAAGUCCCCUACGUACGCGGCCGAUACGCUGAAUCUGGUCGGCAAGGGUGGCGUAAUCGACACGAGUACCUCACCGAUCCCGCUGGGACAGAAGCAGCAGCAGCAGCAGCUCGGUAUGGCCAGGAGCCCGAUUCUCAAACCAUCGUCCCAUGAGGUCGCGAAGGGUAUGAAGAAAAAACCCACGCCAGCACCGCGGGGCCAGUCAUCGAGCGAAAAGCGAUCGUCCGGGUCGAUGAGCGACGGUGACGAUGAAACGUCCCCGGAAGGUGGUGACAACAACGAAGGUGGGAAAAUGUCACGAAACACACCGACCAAUGCGACCGAAUCGUGGGCUGUGUUCGACCAUCCGGAGCCUCCGAUGGGCCAGCACUCUUCCAAACACCGCCACACCGACCAUCGCCACGAGCCGCGCAACGAACUGGCAAGACGUACGUGUUGCGCCCAUUUCUGUCCCGCCGCAACCCGGCUUCAUAUCGUGUCUCCCUUUGUAGGUGAUAAAAAUGGUCCCGAAUCACCGUGCUCUUCCGAUGCGAAGGACGAAUGGACGAAGGCGGCCGACUUGCGCGAGUACGGGCGCCGUUGGCCAACCAAGGGCCAAACGUCGUCCUCGUCGCGCGACGUUAGCCCCUGGGACGAGGAAGGACCGGACUAUCGGAAGCGGCCCAUGCACGGCGGAUCGUCGACGGCGGACAUGCGCCAUCAUCAUGCCACGUCCGGUGAACGGUAUCACCACCCGCGGAUGCCACCGCGUCGCAUCAACUCGAACGAUGAGGAGUACGAGGACGAACCGAUGAAGGAUCAACGGUCCGGUGGCGGUGUCCGGCGAAGGGGUAUGAAGGGUGGCGCUGGGUCGCGUAGUCGUGAUAACUUCGAAGACGAACACUGGUACCAUGACGGUGGGCAUCAUCCGACUUGGUCAUCGCCGACGGACGAUGACGAUUCGCGGCAGCCGACCGGCGGUGGCGGUGAGCGUGGUUCACGAUCGUUCGAUCGGAACGUCUACGAGCGCAGCACGUACGGACCACCGUACGAGAAGCGGGAACCGAAGAGCCUUCCACCGUACGACCGACGGGAGUACAAGAACUACGACAAACGGAAGUACUACCGCGAGCGGGAACCUUCGCGGGGCAGUGGAAGCGGCGGGCGAUCGAGCUACGAUUACGAUCCGUACGGUGGGGACGGGUACGGUCGGCGAUCGGACUACGACGAUGGGUACGAGCGGCCCGGCUGUCGGGAUUCACGUGAAGCCCGGGAAUACUUUUACGAGCGCGAUCGGAAGAGCUUCGACCGGGAGAGCAACGAAUCGUACGACAGCCGCGAGCGACGCAGCUUCGGCAGUGGCGAUCUGUACGGCAGCUUGGACAGUCGGGCCGAGUACCGAGAGCGGGAGCGCGAUCGGGAUCGCUAUCUGUCGCUGGAAAAGAGCCGCUCGUUGCGCCGUGGAAUGCGUAACGCCGGAAGUGCUCGAUUGGACCAGGAGCUCGAUCAAGACUCGGAGGGUGAUCUGAUGGGUGGCGGUACGAUGGGACGAUCGUCGGCAGGCGGCGGCGGUGGCGGGCUGCGUGGUCCCGAUGGUGGUGUAAACAGUUUACACCGAUCUAGUCAGAACAUCGGGGGGCGCCCGGGCAAGCACCAGCAGCACCACCAGCCGAUGCUGCUGGACGAUGACGUUUGGGGCGUGGCCAAGGGUGCAGCUCCUUGGAAGCGACCGUCGAGUGCCACGGAACAGGAGCGUCGCUACGAAGGGGUACGCCAACGGAGCGUUGGUGGCCCAGGACACGGGGGUACCGGUUCGUCGAAUCUGGCCGGCUCGGAUGGGGAGAAGGAUCGGCGAUUCCGCAAAAAGAGCCGAUCGAGAGCGGGCGAGCGGAAAGAGCAGGAACUGCGCUCGUCGAACUACGCCACCAUGCGGUACCCGUUGCGGUCGAAGGAGGAUUACUUCGAUUUCGAUGCCGUGGAGGGUGGCCGACGUGGCAGCGUUGGCGCUGGUGUCGGCGCGGCGCUCGACGAUGACGACGAUGACGAGGACGACGAAGGUGGUGGUGGUGGCGGUAAGGGCGGCGGGAUGCUCAUGCUGGACGAUCCGCUCGAUGACAGUCCCGCUUACUACGGCCGCCGACAGCCAGCGGGCGGUGGGGCGGGUGCCGGCGUUCCCUAUUACGGUAAACCCUCCACAACGCCACGCCAGGAAGGGCGCCUCGUUAGCGACGCAUUGAUUGCGCAGGAAGCGAAAAAGAUGUCACGCUACGAGUACGAAGAGGAGGCACUCCGGCGGAUGAAGAAAAGCAACAGCCGCGAUCUGUACUUUGAGGGCUCAGAAAGCAAGUAUGGGCCCGGUGGUGGUUAUGGAACUGUGACGCCUCCGAAGAGCGCUUCCGGCAAGCACCAUCAUGGUGGACGGAUGGAGUUCGAGUUUGACGAGUUCGGCGACCCGCUACCCGCCUCGGGUGGUGGGAAGUUUAGCUCCAACUACGACCCUCCCGUUGGCGACGGGUUUGAAAGUGAUUUCAACUCCCCUCCGACAAUGCAGGGAACUGCAGCGGGUGCACCGAGUAUCGGGUCGGGACUGCUGAUGCACGGUGGACAAAAACCGUAUCGCUUCUCGAACGACUUCUCAGGUGACAAGGAGCGCGCUCACUACGGCGGUCACGAGCCUGCUAGUCAAGGUUAUCAUCAUCAUCAUCGGCAGCAGGCGCAGCAGCAAGGAUCACACUCGUCACAUCACUACAAAAGCCACAGUGCCAGUGGUUAUCCUGAUCCGGCCACGGAAUAUUCUCACUCUCAUCACUCACAAUCGUCAACGACAUCGCCUCCACCGGCACCUCCAUCGGCCCCGCCGAGUGGAUCGAAGCUGCGAUUUAACGAAAACGUCACCGUCUCGAAGUUCGAUGCCGAGGCGACUACAAUGUUUGAGGACGACUUUGCUGGACGCUCCGAUACGGAGCAGGACUUGGUCGAGCAGCAGCAGCAGCAGCAGCACGGUUGGCCAUCGGCAACCAGUCCCGGGCCACUGGUCGCUUCCCCAGCGGCGGUAGCAACGCAGCAGACGGCACCGGCAAGCAGCAACAAUGGUAGCAACAAAAAGAUAUUAAAAACUUCUAGUCAUCCGUCGGCGCACCAUCAGCACUCGCAGCAGCAGCAGCACCAGCAGCAGGAUAAUAUUCGCAAGUCGGACAGUAUUAACAUUUUUGCCAAAAAAGCCGACGAUCCGUUCGAGGACGAUGAUUUCUUUUCCUCCCAGGGUGGCGGUGGUGGUCGUGAUCCUUUCGGCGGCGCCGGUCCACCGGGGGGCGGAUCGAAUGAUCCGUCGGCGGCGGCGGCGGCUGUGCCCGGUGGCUGGGACAAGAACUUUGCCAACUUUGACGACAACAUCUGA